CUAUCUCUCUAGCUGGUCUCAUUUCAAUGGCUACUUCCACGAUGAACAUUGAAACACCAGAGACUAUAGUACCAAACCAAAAUGGCAAUUCAAAGCCCCAUGUAGAAGAAACAGGAAAAGCCAGAAACUGGCCGUUAAUCAUUAUUAAUUGUGCCUUAGUUUUUUGUGGUGUUAUAGGAGGUCCUCUUUUAAUGAGAUUAUAUUAUCUUCAUGGUGGUAGUCGUAAAUGGCUGAGUAGUUGUUUGCAAACUGCUGGUUUUCCAGUUCUCUUAUUUCCUCUCAAUUUUCUCUAUAUUAAAUCCAAAUCUUCAACGCAAAAGAAUGAUCAAAGUUGUUCCUUCUUUAUGGAACCAAUGGUGUUCUUUUGGAGUGCCAUAAUUGGGAUUGUGUUUGGUGUUGCUAAUUUCAUGUACGCAUUGGGUUUAUCUUAUCUUCCAGUAUCAACUUCAACAAUUCUCUUUGCAACUCAGCUGUGUUUUACAGCAUUUUUUGCAUGGUUGGUUGUGAAACAAAAAUUUACAGCAUUUAUUAUAAAUGCAGUUAUUGUAAUGACAUUAGGAUCGGUCUUAUUGGGUAUCAAUACCAAUGGGGAUAGACCAAUUGGGGUAUCAAAAGCUCAGUACUUAUUGGGGUUUCUUUUAACAUUGGCUGCUGCUGCUUUAACUGGCCUCGGGAUGCCUUUUAUUGAGCUUGCUUUCAGUAAAGCAACCCGAAAUAUUACUUAUUCGACUUUGUUGCAGUUUCAAAUCAUUAUUGGCCUGUUUGGAACCGUCCUAAACGUCAUUGGGAUGCUAAUAAACAAAGAUUUUCAGGCUAUACCCAGAGAAGCAGAUGAGUUUGAGCUUGGGAAAGGCAAGUAUUAUAUGAUAAUAAUCCUGACUGCAUUAACAUGGCAAUUAUCGUCUGUUGGAUUCCUAGGCCUCAUUUCGUACACAAAUGCUCUUUUCAACGGUAUAUACACAUCAGUUCUCGUCCCUUUCACCGAAGUAGGCGCCGUCAUAUUUUUCCAUGAGAGCUUCACAGGAUUAAAAGGAAUGGCACUGGCAUUAUGUCUCUGGGGUUUCUCUUCCUACUUCUAUGGAGAGUACAAGACGAUGAAUAAAGUGUUAAAUGGCAAAAUGCCCCAAAAUGGACCCUAA